UAAUUUGCGAGCCACGGACCAGCCAGGAGGUGAGCCAGGCCAGCUAGCAGUUGAAACUGGAUUGGCAAGGUGGCCACACGUACCACGGGAGCAACUCCGCAGGAUCCGCAGGAAAAAAAUAUGGACGACGAUACGGACAUCUUCGACAUCGACCCGAAGGAAGUGUGGCUGGAAAAGGAGGCCAUUGCCGGAUUCCGUGUAUGGCACAUCAUCGCCACCGUGUUGGGCAUUCUAAUGGGAAUAACGGUUAUGGUCUGUUGCUGCAUGCGAUUCCGGAUUCCACGCACCAAGCAGGAGAUCGAGGCGGACUACCAGCGCAAGCAGAUCACCAAGAAGUUCCGCGAGAAGCUCCAGCAGAUCAAGAACUCCGAAAUGGACGACAUGGACCUGCAGAAGGCACUUGCUUAUAUCAAAUUGGAGCAGUACGAUGAUCCCUAAGGGCCAUCACUUUCGCAAGAACACUGCCACUUUUGCGCCCACAUCCAGAACGAGUAUCUGAAUCUGCAGGCCAGCAUGGAGAGCAUGAACGAGAAGCAGAAUGUUAAGUUUAAGAUCUAAGUGCCUAUAGUAUUGUGCCGUAGUUUAAGGACCUGCUAAUAAAAUAAAUUAAUAAAUUAUACACACAAACGAA